GGCGUCUUUGGGACUCAAGGGCUUUCCCUCAUUUCACUCCUUUCCGUGGAAAGCCCGGGACUCGGUGCCUCCACCUUCCCCUGCUCCGCUUGGCUCUAGACCAUGAAACCCUUGGCACCCAAACCCUCGCCAUCACGUGGCAACCCCGAUAAGCAGGGAAAGAUAACUGGCCAGAGCCGGCGGCAUAUGCUCGGCGAACGUGGAGCCAGAGAGUUCGAAUUUGAAGAGGCGCUCUGCCACUUACCACCUGUGCGACCUUGGGCAAGUCUCUUCCCUCUUCUCUGAACCUCUGAGCGGCCCAUUGCGCGGUUUGGAGAGGCAGCGGCCCCUCUACUCGGCUUUCCUCGGCCCUCGCUGCGCAUCCCUCCUGUGCCGGCUCCUCGCUCCCCUCUCCGGGCUCUGCAGGGGCUCCUCCGCGCCCCGCCCCCGCCCGCUCCCCUCCCUCCCCUCCCCUCCCCUCCCGCGGCCGCACAAACUCCUCCUCCGCCCGGUUGACAUCAGAGCAAACCCGCGGAGCGUCCGGCCGCUUAGGAAGGCGGAGGAAAAGCCGCCGCCGCCGCCACCGCCGCCGAUUGUGGGCACAGGGGACCCGAGCGAGGAAGAGAAGGAGGAGGAGGCGGCGGCUGAGAGGAGCUCGAAGCGAGCGCGCGGGAGCAGUGCAAGGCGAACAUCGGGGCCAGGGCCAGCGGCGGCCUCGGGAGGCGGUGGGGGUGGGGGCCCGAGCGACCCAAAGAGUCACCCCACCCCACCCACCUCGGGGCAGCCUCAGGAGCCCUGGCUGCAGCCAGUGGUCAUUGGGCAAUGCCUCGGGAAGUGGAUGGAGCCAGCUGGAAGAAGCAUGCAGAUGACAUUCGGGACAUUUAUGAAUUCCGGGAUGUCCUGGGCACGGGAGCAUUCUCCGAGGUAAUAUUGGCCGAAGAAAAGACCACCCACAAACUCGUGGCCAUCAAAUGCAUCGCCAAGAAAGCCUUGGAGGGGAAGGAGAGCAGCAUUGAGAAUGAGAUCGCCGUGCUACAUAAGAUCAAACAUCCCAACAUAGUGGCCUUGGAUGACAUCUAUGAGUGUGGUGGGCACCUCUACCUCAUCAUGCAGCUGGUGUCUGGGGGGGAGCUCUUCGAUCGGAUUGUGGAGAAGGGCUUCUACACGGAACGGGACGCCAGCCGGCUGAUCUGCCAGGUGCUCGACGCCGUCAAGUACCUCCAUGACAUGGGCAUCGUCCACAGAGAUCUCAAGCCAGAAAACUUGCUCUACUAUAGCCUGGAGGAAGAUUCCAAGAUCAUGAUCUCCGACUUCGGGCUGUCCAAGAUGGAAGGCUCCGGGAGCGUGCUCUCCACGGCCUGCGGCACGCCGGGCUACGUGGCCCCCGAAGUCUUGGCCCAGAAACCUUACAGCAAGGCUGUGGAUUGCUGGUCCAUCGGUGUCAUCGCCUACAUCCUACUCUGCGGUUACCCCCCUUUCUAUGACGAGAACGACGCCAAACUCUUUGAGCAGAUACUGAAGGCCGAGUACGAGUUCGAUCCUCCUUACUGGGACGACAUCUCUGACUCUGCCAAGGACUUUAUCCGGCAUUUGAUGGAAAAAGAUCCUGAGAAGAGGUUCACCUGUGAGCAAGCCCUGCAGCACCCCUGGAUUGCAGGGGACACGGCGCUGGACAAAAACAUCCACCAGUCGGUCAGUGAGCAAAUCAAAAAGAACUUUGCCAAGAGCAAAUGGAAGCAAGCCUUCAAUGCCACGGCAGUGGUGAGGCACAUGAGGAGGCUUCAGCUGGGCACCAGUCAGGAUGGACCCGGCCCUGGCCAAGCCACCAGCCAUGGGGAGCUGCUGGCGCCCGAGACCAGUGGGGAUCCCCAUGUUGGCUGCUGCAGGGACUGCUGUGCAGAGUCGGCCCCGGAGCUCCCAGCCACUCGCCCACCCCAGCUCUAGAGCCGCCUGCGCUCCAGCUGCUGGGGGGUGGGGACUGUGGAGGGGCCCCUGGGGAAGGGCUAGGGUGGAGUCUGCCAGGAGAAGCCAGGAGGCCCCUAGGUGGGGAGGAUGCUGCUGGCAGCAGGAGUUGGGAAGAGAUGGAACACUCUGCUCGCCUCUCCCCUCCCCUUCCCCUUCUCCCUUCUGAGGGCUCUUCCUGGAGCCCAUUUCAGCCCAGGCCUCCUUCUGAGGGAAGAACAAGCUUCUUCUUCCACACCCUGUCCAGCCCAGAAUUGGAUCUCUUUCCCGUACCUUUUUGAAGCCCCUCACCCUGGUCCCACUGGCCAGGGGGCCCGCGUAAGAAGGGCAGGGAAGUAAUACCAGGAAACCAGGGCCCUGAGAAGAGACGUGGGAGGUGUGGGUCGCCCGGUUUUCUCCCUCUCUCAGUGCUCCCCUUUCCUCCCCCCCCCCAAUUCUGGUCAAGACAUCCAUGCAUUUUCCAAACAAAUAUUUCUAUUUUAUUGUUCAUUCUUGUAUUAAAGGGAAGGGGUUAAAACCA